UCCCCGUAGGGCUGCACCAACAUGGCGGCUUUCUGAGUUUACGAAAAGGGGAAAAGCGAGCUAAUGUGUACAUAUCGCAAGUGCACAUUAAUUCCGGGAGUGUGUUAGUAGUUUGGGCUGCUCGAGGCGUUGAUGGUGUGUUGUAGAGAGAAAAAGAAAACAUGGCGAGUGACGGAAGUAAAAAGCAGUUCUGGAAAAGGAACACAGCCAAGGUUCCUGGCAGCAUACAACACGUUUAUGGAGCCCAGCAUCCUCCAUUUGAUCCUCUCCUACAUGCUAAUUUAAUCAAAGCUGGAAACAAGCCGUCUGCCACGAGCACGCCUGGAAAGCCAAAGAAAGCCACCACCUUCCAGGAGUUUGAGAGCAUCACGAGCGAUGCCUGGGACGUGGGCGACGACGACGACGAGCUCCUCGCCAUGGCCGCACAGAACCUCAACAUCGAGGUGGUGAUGGAGACGGCUAACAAGGUGAUCGAGAACCACAGCAAGCAGCAAGAACUACGACAGCAGCAGCUCGACGAUACUCCUGAGCCUGAGGAGAAGGACGAAGAGGAGGAACACGACAAAGAUGAAGAGAAGAGGCUGGAGGAGGAGGAGGAGACAACCACAGAACUGCCCUUUAGCUCGGAACGUUUUCACCACACUGACAGCAGGCUGGUCAAGUCCCACAGCGAAGCACCUAUUGGAUCGCCAAAGGAGAUGAGUGGCGAGCGGGCAGCACUAUACAGGCAGCAGUCGCUCCCUCACAGGCCGGUCAUCCCCCUGGUGGCCCGCAUGGCUGAUCAGAACACAUCAGGAACUCCUGCAAUGACAGAGAGAGAGGCUUUCAGACUUGACAAGUUCCGACAGCUACUGGCUGGGCCUAACACUGACCUCGAAGAACUUCGGAAGUUGAGCUGGUCAGGAAUUCCACGUCAAGUGCGCCCCAUCACAUGGAAGCUUCUCUCAGGUUACCUGCCGGCCAAUGCCGAGCGCAGAGCCAGCACUCUGCAGAGAAAGAGGCAGGAGUACUUUGGUUUCAUCGAGCAGUACUACGACUCCCGCAACGACGAGCAUCACCAGGACACCUACAGACAGAUUCAGAUAGAUAUUCCUCGCAUGAAUCCGGAGAGGUUAGUGCUCCAGCCCAGAGUCACCGAGAUUCACAUUGACAUACCGAGAACUAAUCCUCUUAUUCCUCUCUUUCAACAAGCUUCUGUGCAAGAGAUCUUCGAGCGGAUUCUGUUUAUCUGGGCAAUCCGGCACCCGGCCAGCGGAUACGUACAGGGCAUCAACGACCUUGUCACGCCCUUCUUCGUCGUCUACAUAUUUGAGUAUAUCGAGGAGGAGGUGGAAAAUUUCGAUGUUUCCAGCUUACAGGAAGAGGUGCUGCGGAACAUCGAGGCUGACAGCUUCUGGUGCAUGAGCAAGCUACUGGAUGGCAUUCAGGAUAACUACACGUUCGCCCAGCCAGGGAUCCAGAGAAAAGUGAAGGCUCUGGAGGAGCUGGUGAGCCGAAUCGACGAGACAGUGCAUCGGCACAUGCAGCAUUACGAAGUGGAAUACUUGCAGUUUGCAUUCCGCUGGAUGAAUAACCUGCUGAUGAGAGAGCUUCCUCUGCGCUGCACCAUCCGACUGUGGGACACCUACCAGGCCGAGCCCGAGGGCUUCUCCCACUUCCACCUGUACGUGUGUGCUGCUUUCUUGGUGCACUGGAGGAAGGAGAUUUUGGAGGAAAGGGACUUCCAGGGCCUAAUGAUCCUGCUGCAGAAUUUACCCACCAUGCACUGGGGCAACGAGGAAGUGAGCGUGCUCCUGGCCGAAGCCUACAGGCUUAAGUUUGCCUUCGCAGAUGCACCCAAUCACUACAAAAGAUGAGGCUUCCAGCAGCGUGACUACUGAAUCGAGACUCUUGAUGGCCCACCCUAAAGCUUCUCGCGGUCCUCUCUGAAACGAGACUCCUGAUGGCCCAUCAUAAAAAUUUACUAUGACCCACCCUUAUACUCCUUAUAUAUGGCCCACCUUGAGACUCUUGAUGGCUUACCUUCACACUUUUGAUGGGUCCAGCCUGAGACUCCUGAAGGUCCACCCCGAAACACUUGAAACCGUGAAAAACUCUUGAUGGCUCACCGUGAUACUCCUAAUGGUCCACCCCAAGCCUCCUAAUGGCCCAGCUUGAGACUACUGAUGACCCAUCCUGAGACUUUCCUUGGCCCACCCUCAGACUUCCAUCAGUUGGAAAUGGACAUUGUUUACGUGUUAAACUGUAGCCUUUUGUUUCUUCUCCUCCAGCUCUGUUCUUACUAACCCACACACACACACACACACACACACACACACACACACACACACACACACACACACACACACACUCCAGACAUUACGUAUCCCCUCUAUAUUUAGUCAAGCCCAAAAAAAGCUUCUCUAAAAAAAAAAAGAUUAACAGAUCAGUUUUUGCUGCUCCUUCUUACAUUUCUGGCCCUCCGUCACCUUGAAGGAUUGACAGUAAAGGCUUUGUGUAGGCAGAUAAAAUGUUGCCAGUUUAUUACAAAACCCUGCGUUCUGGCCCAGUUCGAAAGGAAGUACUGACGCAGAGAGCGUGUGAACGCGUGUGAGAUUGUGUGUGGGUGACUGAGAAGAAGAGUGUCUGGCACCAAAUUUCUCAGCUACAUCAAGAAUAAUAGUGCGCUUUUGCACCGUGCAGUCUCCAUUAGGAUCUCCCGUACAGCUGCAGGUCAGGAGUGCGCUGCAUUAAAGGCAAUAAUGACGCAUUACUCAGAGAGGAACGACAGAACAGAGACUCUUAUCCAUGCAUCCAGAGAACUGGCUCGAAAAAGAACAAAAAAAAGAGGAAAGAAACACCCUGUAAGUAGAACGAACGGACAAUUUAAUCAAACCUAUGUAGGUCUACCUCAGGAGCCGGUCGGUGUGGACCGAUGGUCAGAUGGAAUGCAGUAGCUAGGCCAUUCAUCUGCCUCUGUGUCAGAACAAUAGCCAUGAUGUUCAUUCCCUGAACGCUUGUUUUUCUUCUUUUGCUUUACCACAAUAAGUACGAAUUGCCUUAAUUUGGCUACUUUGAUUCCACUAGAAACAGACAGUUUUGCCCUCACAAGUGGCUUGUCGAUAAAGUUCUAGUUUUUUAUAUCAGUUAGCCUUUCAGAUGCUUCAUUGGAGCCCCGAAUCAUACUUGUUGCAUGUCGUGAGCACGUUCGGGACAUAAAAGAUCUCCACCGAGUAAGUAGCGGCAGUUUAAAACCUUUGUGCUACGUUCAAUCAUGUUGUCAGGCUUUUCAUUUUUCCCUGUCAGUUCAUAAUGAUAUAUGUGAGAGGAAAGAACAUGCACUCUAUUUUCCUCAGUUUUGUAUAACAUGUUUUGCUUAAAUCAGCAUUUUCUUUUUUAAUAAUAUAUUUUUUUUAUACAGUUUACAUGAGCCGGGUAAGUUGUGCCUAACAUCAAAAAAGCGUAAACCAUCUCAGAUAUUUGUUGUUUUUCGCCUCUGUUUAACGCCAGACAUUUCGCUCACAGUAAGCAGGCUCGUGCUGAUGUUGCGUUUUUACCGUCUCGCUAUGUUGCAGUUUGAAAUAAACGACAAAUGCAAGCA